AUGGCCCUCCUCCUAGCCCCCCUCCUCCUCACCACAGCCCUCGCCUCCAACUGGCCCUCCCACCACCCCCCAAACCCCUCCCACCACUCCCCCGCCUUCCCCGGCGGUGGCCCAACAGCAACCAUAGACGCCGGCGUCGUCAUCGGCACCACCACCUCCCUCCCCGCCGCCUCCGCCACCGUCAACAAUUUCCUCGGCGUCCCCUUCGCCAAAUCCCCUCCUACCCGCUUCGCUCCCCCAGAAGACCCGGGGAGUUUCGACCAGCCGAUUAACGCGACGCAGUGGAGCCCGGCGUGUAUUCAGCAGAUUAAUUAUCCGAGGAGUGCGUUUGAGUUUACAAAUGCGGUGUAUAAUUCUUUUAUGCCCGAGGAGAGUGAGGAUUGUUUGUACUUGAAUGUCUACGCUCCAUCUACGCCGGCUCCGGCCGAUGGACGAGCUGUUUUGUUCUGGAUCUACGGCGGCGCUUUGCAGUUCGGCGAUGCGGGGCAGCCACAGUAUGACGGCAGUGCCUUCGCCUCGUAUGAAGAUGUCAUUGUUGUGACUGUCAACUACCGGACGAAUGUCUUCGGCUACCCAAGCAGCCCGGCUCUUCCAGAUGAUGGUCAUAAUCUUGGCUUCCUUGACCAGCGCUUCGGCCUCCAAUGGGUCCAAAACAACAUCCACGCCUUCGGCGGCUCUCCUGACAAAGUGACAAUCUUCGGCGAGUCUGCCGGCAGCUGGUCCGUCGACGCCCUCCUCACCUCCUAUCCUGCCGACUCCAACCCGCCCUUCCGUGGCGCCAUCUGCGAGUCCGGCGUCAUUAGCUACCCAGGAUCGUUCUCCUUCCAAGACCCUGUCCCCUCCUGGAACGCCCUUGCCUCGGCACUCAACUGCUCCGGCUCCGACACCGCUGUCCUCCAAUGCGUCCGCUCCGCCCCAGCCACCCAAAUCCGCACCAUUAUCGACCGGCAAUCCCUCCCCUUCGACCCCGUACCCGACAACAUCACCCUCUUCUCCGACCCCGCCGCCCGGCGCAGAAGUGGCAAUAUUGCCUCGAUCCCUGUUAUGGGAGGGACAAACAGCCAAGAAGGCCGCUCCCUCGCCGUCGGCCAAACCAACACCACAGCUUUCCUCUUAGGCUCCGGCAUCACGCACCCAGACUACAUCGCGCAGAUCGAAGCUGCCUACCCCUUAGCAGACGGCGAAACGCCCUACGACCAAAUCGCCCGCAUCUUCACCGAACUAGCUUUCCAAUGCCCGCAAGCACUGUGGGCAAACGAUACCGCGGCCGCAGGGAUCCCUGCCUGGCGGUAUUACUUCAACGCCUCGUUUGCGAAUCUGCAAGCGUACCCCGGAUUGGGCGUGUAUCACGCGAGCGAAAUCCCGCUGGUAUUCUCGACGUACCCUGAGGCGAACGCGACGACGCAGGAGUAUGCCCUCAGCAGUUUCAUGCGUGGGGCGUGGGCACGGUUCGCAAAGAACCCGAUGGGUGGACCGGGGUGGAAUGGGGUUGGCACGGGGGUGGCGGGGCAGGUGCUUGUCGGUGCUGAGCAGGUGGAGGUGGGAGGGGUGUUGAGAGAUGCGAGUGGAGAGGUGGUAGAGGGGACGUGGAAUUUGGGGUUGUUGGGGAAUAGAGGGGAUGCGAUAGGGAGUGGGGUGACAGUUAUUGAUCAGGCGGAGGUGGAUGGGCGGUGUGAGUUGUUUAGGCCGAUUUAUGAGGCGGGGUUCCAGUGGUAG